AUGCCUCGCAUCAAGAAAAUAGGUCGCCAGCGACACGGGGGCACGGUGCUUCAACCUCACUUCAAACCCGUUCACAAACAAUAUCGUGCGAUGACUGCAGCAAAAUCUGCAGCAAAGCAUGCUGCCAUCAGUGGGGCACUUCCUCAACCCAUCCGUGAUUUCCGCAUCCCUGUCACCAAGGCCGAACUCUCUAUGGACCAAUGGGAUGCGCGUGCACCCCACAGAAUUCAUUACGGUGUUCCGGAACUGAUAAGCUAUGGUGCAGGGGAUGCCGGUCAACUUGAGUUUUUGCGGGUUCCUGCUAUGAAGGACCAGCGGAUUCUCGGCUAUGUGCUCCUCCCCGCCAGAUAUCGGUCGUCCUGGGUGUAUCUUUGCUACUGUGUAGAGUACUGGCUCGCAGUGUGGAAAUGUUGGGAUGGUGAGUCAAAGAAGCAUCAAAAGCAGAAGAAAACAAAGGCGCAACAAGAGAGGGCAGUCCUGAUUGACACCUCUCGCAAGAACGCUGGUGCACGUUUCCUUCAAGCCAUGGUUGCCAGAAGAAUUGUGUUGGAGGAGUGCGUGGCGAACGGCGUGAAUGAUGAGCGGAUUAAAUCACUCGACGAGUUCCUCAUUCGCGAUCACCGAGAUUGGCUAUUCGUGGAGUUCGACGAGUUGCCUGACGAUGCGGACAUAUAUUUAGAGGCCGAUCCAUUGCACCCAGAAAACAAAAAGAUAUUCGAAACGGGCUGGGGCGUAAAUGUGAACGACAUCUCAAUGAUGCUUGGCCAGGCAGAUGAUGCAUGGAUGUCCAAGGGACUUGACCUCUCAGUAAUGUUCAAGAAAGAGAUGGAUGCAGCUCUCAAGAGGCUCAGAGACGGAGGGGAGGAGGUCCACAUCACACACGAUGAAAAUGCAGAAUUGCCAGACAGGUGGCAUGAGUCCCAUGAGCCACCAAUACAAUUCAUUAGCAAAAGAAAGGACCAGCUCCUUCGCGCGGUGAGGAGUGGAUGGACUUCCAUGUCUUAUGUGUCACCCGCAACCAACCAAUGUCAUGAUUCGGUCAACCCCUCUGCAGGAGAGAAUGGAGCAAUGAUGCAGAUGAAUGUCAAUGACUCUUCUGAGAGCAUCACCACCCUUGCCAGUGAGGUUUCUGUAAGACAGGGCAUACAUUGGUGGCAAACAUUUUUAAACUUGGGAAGGGCCAAAACCUUGCUUGCCCUUGGCAUUUGCUCCCUGCAUGGAGGACAUACAGAAAAUGGACGUAACCCGGAACUUUCUGACCAGAACUCCACAGUGCACAUUGUUUUCUAA